AUGGAGCUGGGCAUGGAGCUGCAUGCAGAGCUGGGCAUAGAGCUGGAUACGGAGCUGGGCGCAGAGCUGGGCACAGAGUUGGGCAUGGAGCUGGGUAUGGAGCUGGGCACGGGGCUGGAUACAGAGCUGGAGCCAGGCAUGGAACUGGGCACAGGGCUGAGUGYRGAGCUGGGCAUGGAGCUGGAUACAGAGCCGUGUACAAAGCAGGAUAUGGAGCUGGACAUGAAGUUGGGCCCUGAGUUGGGCGUGGAGCUGGGCAUGGAGCUGACCCCGGCGGCGGCCGCCGCGCGCGCCAGGCGCGGGCCCAGCGUGACGGACAAGGUGUUCUUUGACGUGAAGAUUGGAGACAGAGACGUGGGCAGAAUUGUAAUCGGACUGUUUGGAAAAGUUGUCCCAAAGACAGUGGAGAACUUCAUUGUGCUGGCAACUGGAGAAAGGGGAUAUGGAUACAAAGGCAGUAAAUUCCAUCGUGUGAUCAAGGACUUCAUGAUCCAAGGAGGGGACUUUACAGUUGGAGAUGGAUCAGGAGGAAGGAGUAUCUAUGGAGARAGAUUUCCAGAUGAGAACUUCAAACUUAAGCAUUAUGGAAUUGGAUGGGUUAGCAUGGCUAAUUCUGGCCCAGAUACUAACGGAUCUCAGUUCUUUAUCAGUGUCACAAAGCCUUCCUGGCUGAAUGGAAAACACGUAGUAUUUGGCAAAGUCCUUGAUGGAAUGUCGGUGGUGCACUCGAUAGAGCUCCAGCAGACAGAUGAACASGAUCGCCCCCUCCAAGACUGUGUCAUUGUGAACAGUGGCAGAAUAUCUGUGAAGGAACCAUUUGUGGUUGAAGUGGAUGACUGGUGAACCCAGCAAGCUGCAUGGGAAACAAUGCAGUCAUUCUUCUUUCAGGCCUAAGUUAUCUCAAUUAUCUUUUUUUAUCCAUUGACUUUUUUCCUCAAAACAUAUAUGUAGACAACAUUUAACAUUUCCCAGAUACAUCAAAUUAUGAUUAUUCC